AUGGCUAGGGCCCAAUCAGGUCAGAAGACUGUAAUGCCUGCGCCGUACUGGGGUGACCUUCCUGGUCCAAACGCCCCGGCCCGCUCUAGCACUCGCAGCUCCUCUGACGACUACGCCUCAAGACCAUUGCAACCCGAUGCCAUGGAUCUUGCCCCUGGUGUUGCGCCACAGUCCAGGUCCAACAGGGCUUCUGUCCAGACCACCAACACCAACGCCGACGCCCAGACAGACUCUACCUUGAGCCCCUACGCCUCCCCCAUACGAUCGAGCUUCCAAGGUUAUGCUCUGGCUCCCAGGCCCCCUUCGCUCCCCUACGGACAGAGCCAAUACCCUCCCGAAGUUUUGGAGAAGCGUCGCCGACGUGCGAGCAAGAAUAGAGAAGAGGACCGCGAGUAUUCUGACGCCCGUAUAUCAGCGCUUCCCGCUGCGCCAGAUGUGCCCAGGGCUUCUGCUGCGAGCUACAGGCAUCCUUACGGGAACGGCGGACUACCUUACACCUACACCAAGGCCGCCACCGAAGAGCCCGAUCUCCCUUUGAGUCCAGGCGCCAUGGACCCGGAAUACCACCAGCCCACGAUGGCUGACCGACCAAAGCACUCCGACACAAUCGCAAGCUCGAGUUCGAAUCGCCGAGUGAGCAGCGACAGCGCCGCAACUACAAGAAAUGGCAGUACGAGGGACCCUGCCAAUGGGCACCGGAAGUCAUCUUUGGGGAACGAGAUGGAUCGGCGUUUGAUGGCAAACGCCCGAUCGCCUCUGCAGAAGCUUGAGGUGACGCUCGACAACAUCACCAAGGAGGAGAAGCGAGCAAGGGUCGCGGCCGCCGAGCAGCGUGCGCGAACGCGAGCAUCGCGGAACAGCAAAGACCUUGGACAGCAGCCUGCGGUCCGCUUCAAGGAGGGAGAGGCUGAGAUUGAACCCGAAAUUGCUCGACCUCAGGUCUUGCCUGAUCCAGUUCCGGUCCAAUCUGGCGUUGCGCCUCACAGCGCGGGCAAGGAAAGAUCACAGCAGCAUACAUCGCAGGCGGGAAAGAGUUCGGCGCCAAAGACACCUGUCGCAAGAUUCGCGCAAGAUACUGGUAUCCCGCAGAGAAAUCUAAGCUUUCGUGAGCGAGCUGCCAGGGACGAUAUCAAUAUCCCAGGUAGCAGCGACCACAACGAGUCUCCCACAACCACGCCGACGAGCGGUUUCUCGCUAGCUCGGAGCGGGAGCAACAAAUUGAAAAAAGAACCCCCCAGCGAGACUGGAAACCAGCGACGAGUUGAGGGCGAGAAAAAGUCAAGGCAUGUUCCUCAACGGGGGACAACCCAACCUCUGAAUGAGGGGCUGGGUUUGGCGGCUGCUCCCGUUGGGACGGGAUCCACACCACCGAGUAAAACGGCCGGUAGGUCAAUGCGCACCAAGGUCCCACCCCUGAACACGGCCGUAGAGCCCCGACAACCUUCCGGCCGAAAUGGUAUCGACCACCCGGACUCGCCAUUCACCCCUGGUAAGGCUGCGAAUAAUCCCAGGCAGAGAAGGGACUCAACAUCAAUUACUUUUGCGGACGACCCACGUCAAAACGAGGCACCCAGAACCGCAGGCAAUAGUGGGGCGAUAGCUCGGACCGCUGCUGCUGGGGCCACAGUGGCAGCUGCCUCGAGAAGCCACCAGCAUGAUGGGCAUGCCAGCGAGGAUGAUGACGCAUCUGAUUCUGAGCAUCGGCUUGGCGAGUUCUUUCAUCGCCGUGAAUAUAAGCCAGGCCAUGGCAUGUACAAUCCGCCAAAGUUUCUAGGAGAGUGGAAGAAAGGAACGGUCGGCACCCUGUCUGGGACAAUGCUCGAUCUGGACGCUGAGAGUACCCCGAAAGUGGACCAGAGCCAAACAUGGUGGGAGACACCUCCGUCACAGAGGCGAGGCAGUAUUUCGACGCGACCACGAAAGGCGGAAGCGUUCGACGGAGAAUACGAUGAAACCAACGGUAUGCACACUCCCAGAGAUCUGACUGACUUCCAAGAAAGAAACACAAGUUCUCAAGAACUUUGUCGAUCGUGGGUCGUUCACUACGACGAGGUGCCGCCUCAUGCCCGCUUGUUCCUUGGUCAUCAAGCGACGACCGACAAGCGCAAAUCGAGACGUCAGAGCCGUCUGUACUCCAUCGGACGGCCUCUGGGGGGCUCCAGCGACGAUCUAGAGUCAAAUUCACCUCCCACGCUGUGUUCCUCUUUACUGUGCUUUUCGUCUCCCCGCCCAAGUCGAUUUUCGGACAAAACAUCGCUGACCAGAGCGGCGCGGAUGGUUAUCCGUGUGCCCAACGUUAUAGCCCCUACAAGAUUCAAACCUCCUCUGUUUUUGAAAUGCGGUCCACUACUAAGGUACUGUGGGAUGCGCACCGAGCGUGUCUCAAGUCGAUCAGCUCGCAGUGGGCCGGAUGCUGAGAGAAACUUCUGGAGAGGAACCGUGAUGAUUGUCACCCAGGACCAAGACUCUUCCUACGACAUUGCUCCCACUCUGAGACUGUUUGCACAACCAAUCGAGCUGCUACCGCCUCCGCCGUCCGAAGUUCGUGGAGAAAUUCCACCUGAAUUCGUAGAUCCAAUUGCAGGACAUCCUAAGUUGGGCCGCAAAGGGGAGACGCUGUAUGUGCGACCAGUCGAUCACCUCGAUGAGUCCAAGGACCAUUCCCUGGACGAGACUGAUCGGGGUCUAUUCGAGAAGACACGCAGUCCCCCUGACGUUUCCCCCGUUGAUGGGUCGACUGAUGCGCCAGGCUCCUUUGCAGCCCGCAGGAAGAGAACACCCGUGGACGGAGAGAAGGUGGGCAAGUACAAAGACGUACGCGGAUACCGGCUACAUGCAGAACGUGGCUACACAUUCUGGCGCUUCAGCAUCGAGGUCGAGCUACGCGACAAGGAGCAACGAAUAGCCUAUCGCAUCAAUCGCGGCCCUGCCACCGGCUUCUGGGUUCCAGCCAAGAACCAGUCCAUGAACAUCAUGUUCCAUAGCUGCAACGGCUUCUCCGUUUCCGUGAACCCAGAUGAGCUCAGCGGGCCGGAUCCUCUGUGGCGCGAUGUUCUCAACAACCAUCAGAGCCGCCCCUUUCACGUCAUGCUUGGUGGUGGCGAUCAGCUAUACUGCGACGUUGUGAUGAAAAAUACAGAUCUUUUCCAGGACUGGCUCAUGAUCCGCAACCCGCUACACAAGCACAAUGCGCCAUUUACCGCGGAUAUGCAGGACGAACUCGAACAAUUCUACCUGGAGCGGUACUGCAUGUGGUUCUCGCAGGGGCUAUUUGGCCUGGCCAACUCGCAGAUUCCCAUGGUCAACAUGUAUGAUGACCACGAUAUCAUUGACGGUUUUGGCAGUUACCCACACCAUUUUAUGAGCUCACCUGUGUUCUCUGGUCUUGGUAACGUUGCAUUCAAGUACUACAUGCUUUUUCAGCAUCAGAGCAUCGUCGAUGAGACCGAGGAGACGGAGCCGAGUUGGGCCAUAGGUGUGAAGCCAGGUCCAUAUAUACAGGAGCAGAGUCGCAGCUUGUUCCUGCAGCUGGGUUCCAAGAUUGCGCUGUUGGCAGUGGACUGUCGAACUGAGAGGAUGCGGGAUCAGGUUGUUCGCGAGGAAACUUGGGAUAAAUUGAUGGAUCGCUGCUACAAUGAGAUCGUCAAGGGGAAGACAGAGCAUUUGCUUGUUCUUCUGGGAGUCCCGAUUGCUUACCCGCGGCUCGUGUGGCUCGAGAAUAUCUUGACCUCACGCCUGCUAGAUCCUAUCAAAGCUCUUGGCAAGACUGGCCUCUUCGGUAAUGUGUUCAAUAAGUUUGACGGCGGCGUCGAGGUAUUGGACGACUUGGACGAUCACUGGACAGCAAAGAACCACAAGGAUGAGCGCAAGAUAAUCAUAGAGGACUUACAGGAUCUUGCGGCGGACAGAUCAGUUCGCAUCACAAUCCUCGGCGGCGAUGUACACUUGGCUGCGAUCGGACAAUUCUAUUCUAACCCAAAGCUUGAAUUGGCCAAACACAAAGACUUCCGCUACAUGCCCAAUGUCAUCUCUUCCGCGAUUGUCAAUACUCCUCCACCAGACCUGAUGGCAGACGUCCUCAACAAGCGCAACAAGGUACACCAUCUCGACAAGGACACCGAUGAGGACAUGAUUCCCAUGUUUGCUCACGGGGUUGAGGGCAAACCUAGAAACAACAAGAGACUCCUCCCUCAUCGCAACUGGUGCUCGAUUCGAGAGUACACCCCAGGAGAUACUCCGCCGUCAACGCCGCCUGAAUUUGCAUACGAAGCAGAGUCGCCCGCCGACUCUCCGGUCCGCCGAGACACUGGGCUCUCUAAUAAAGGAGUCAGCCGCCGACUUUCCAAGAAAAAUCGUGGGCCUUCCCAUCGUGCCGAUGUAAUCGACUCGCGGCCGCCCAUUUCUGGAUCAGGUGGGGGCGGAAUUUUCAGGUCGUUAUCUUCGCGUGGUCGUCGCUCCACGCCGGACGUGCCCGCUGGCGAGAAGCGCCCAGGCACGAAGAAGAGGACUCUGUCGCUGACGCGUGGCGACUUCGGUGGUAUUUUCCGCCGUAGGAGCGAAUCCCGCAAUCGCUCACAGCCGGAUGAUGGCGGUAUCAACGGGACUUGGGGCGAGAGCGACCCCGAAGUCGUCGGUCGUGAUCGAAGCCAGGGCGACGAAGGGUACGACUUUGAUUACGAGGACAACACUUAUGACCAGCGAAAUAGAGGCCAUGGCUUUCUGGGCAGUAUCGGCCUUAGGGGAGGCGGUGGCCCAGGGGGUGGAGGCUCUUACGACGAGUUCUCGGAUGGUGACGACUCAUACUUCACUACUCGAGCGCCUCAAAACACACAAGCCAGCCACCCUGGGGCCAACAAGGCGGCCCGGGUCUUAGGGACCGAGGCAUUGAAUUCUUCACGUCGUUAUGGAAGUCAACACCAGCCUUAUCAGCAGCAAAAUGCAGAGCGGCCCUUCGGCGUGACUACCAAGAUAUCAGGGCCGAGCCAGGAAGACGAUGAGCACUUCCGGCCGAAGCCUUUUCAACGCACGCCCACGGGCUUGUCUACCAAGCAGGCGCGCAAGAGGGCCAAGUCUUUCGACGUCAACAUAGAGGGCGGCCUAGACAUUUGCCUGAAUGUAGAGGUCUCGGCCAAGGACCCCGCGGGUAUCACAGUGCCGUAUCGACUGCUGGUGCCCAGGCUCUGGUACGAUGCGAGCGACGGUGAUGAGGUGGAGAUGCCGGAACGCGGCAGAGGAAAGAGCAGGGACAACCCACCCGGGCCGAUCAAGCGUUUCUUUAGUCUAAGUCGCUCGAGAGGCACAAGCGUGAAGCGAGGUGGGAGUGCGCAGCCGGGCCGACGAAGGCAGGAUGCCGAUGAUAGCCAGCAUUUCAAAGAGGCUGGGAAGACGAUGGAAGACUUCAAACUCACAGAGGGCGGUAAUGCGGCGCGCGACUUUGAUGAGUACAAGAUGUGGUGCAAGGUGGCCAGGCAGACGGGCCGCGGCCCUGAUGACGAUAACGACCUUUCGAAGAGCAAAUGGCGGAAACUGUUACGACCAAUCAUGAGUAUGAAGCAUGGACUGUCAUGGUAUACCUUCUUACGGCCUUGA